AGAAGAAGAAGGUUCGUCUCCAUUUUUUACAUCACUUCGUUGGAUCCAUCUACGGUUUGGCCGAAAAACCUCCGCAAAAUCAACCUUGAGCCCAAAUAGCAAAAAAGAUAGGAUACUGACUUGCAAGCAUGUGGGAUGGACCAGGGCCAGGGCAAGGACCACGGGGAGGACCACCCUUUCGUGGUGAUCACCGUGGAGAAAUGUUUGGGGGCAGAGAUCACCCCAUGCCAGAUUACAGAGGUAGAGAUGGGAUGAACAUGGGCCCAAUGGGUCACAUGGGCCCAAGACCUAUAGAUAUACCACCCAUGGACAUAAGGAGGAUGGAUGGGCCUUCCAUGAGGGGGCGAGAUAUGGACCCACGUGAUAUGCGAGGAAGAGAGCCAAACAGAGAUUUCUUCAGACCUGGAGAUGAGCCUGACUUCAGUCUUAGAAGACACUAUGAAGUUUCCAUUAGAGACAAACUUAUGAAUUCUUCUGGUUUCUCAGGGCCAGGCAGGAAUUCAGUAGACAUGGGAGGGAGGGGUAUGCCAGCACGGGAACCAAACAACAGAUUUAUGGACAUGAGAGACAGAGAGUCAUUUAAUUACGACAUGCCACAGUUCAACAGUCCUAAUAUUGAUGGAAGACGAGGGUUUCCCAUGGACCGAAUGGAGCGAAAUGAUGAAUUUCGGGACACGCAUGACAGGCCCCAAAUGAGCAUUGGUGACUCCAACCGCUUUGAUAUGGACUUGCCUCCACGUGAAAGGAGAAUGAUGGACACUGAUAGAAGGGGGGGGCCACCUUUUAAUCCAAGAGGUGGGUUUGAUUCUGAUAUGGAUUUCAGAAAUCGCCCUGGACCAUCGGGUGAAUUUAGAGGUAGAGAUCGAUCUCCUUUAAAAUUUGGCAACAGUGAUGUCCCUGCAGUUGACAGGGUGAGACCAGACAUGUCAUCAGAUAUUCCUCAGAGGACAGAGUUUAUGGGCACAAGAGAUGGUGCUGGUAAGAGAGAGUAUCAAGAUUCAAGCGGCAGCCCACUCAUGGAUUAUCGGAGUGGUGAAGAGAUGACACUCGCAGAAGAGUGGAAGAACCGUCGGAAGGACAAGAAUCCUUUCUACAACAUGGGUAAAGGUAUGGGAGGUGCGCCUGAACCAAGUUUUCCCGUAGGUUUUGGACGAGAUACAAAUGUUAGGGAUCCACCACCUUUUCAGGAGAGGGAUAAGUCUCCUAUUGACUUUCCAGGGAAAGAUGUUGGCUUUCACCGUGGUGACCACUUUCCUGCUAUGGGUCUACCACCAAUUGGCAGCAAAGGGUCACGAGACCAUCCCCUCCCAGAAAUGGUUCCCUUAACUGGCCCUCUUGGUAGAGAAAAUGAGGGUAAACACUGGCUUGGAGAAAGGGACCCGAAGCAUAUUCAGAAAAAAUCAAAUCAUGAUGAAAGGCUCCCUUACAAUCAAGAGAAGAAUCAGCCCUCCCAAGAGAUUCAGGAGCCAAAUGAUUGCUUUAAACAAAUGAAAGAUAUGCCACACAGUGAAGGACCUGGCAGGGGUAAGCUUGGAACAGAACAUGAUUUCCAAAGUAACAGCACGGUACAGGCAAGAGACCAAGACUACAGGGACAUUGAUUAUAGAACGGGGUCCGGUAGGGUGUUUGAAUACAAACACGAAGAACUUCAUGCACCAGAGAAACUCCUCAAAGAGUCGAAACCCAUCACAGCUUCAAAGUUUAGUGAUUCUGGUUCUCAGGAUCAAGAUUACAGGAAUGCAUCAGUGGAAGACAAAGUCUCCAAUAUUAUAUCCGUAACUGGUAUUCCAAAGACUGCCACAAUGGAGCAGAUUCUUGGUGCCUUCGCAGUCCGUGAUGGUGUGCCAAUGCAGGGGAUGAAAAUCAAAAAUGUUGUGCCAGGUUACAGCUACGAUAUGGCCUAUGUGGAGUUUUUAAACCUCGAGGAUGCAGUCCACUUCAUGGAGUCCAACAAGGGAUCCCUAAAGGUUGGCACUAGAACAACUUGCAUGACGUAUAUCCAGCCAGACGACUGUGAAAGAGGUGUUCAUGAAUCAGAUCACAAAGUACCUCAACUCAAGGAGCCCCAGUUGUCCAGAUCAGAUCAACCUUUAGAAGAGUUGAAGACAAACAUGAAUGGCUCUAAGCCAAAAGGUCCUAUGGAGUCGGUGCCCCACAGCCAGUGGCAGCGUAACUCUGACCUGACUCCAGAGGCCUGGCAGCAGCAGGUGGACCAGCAGCUCCAGCAGCAAGAAAUGGAACAACAGGCAGAGUCUUGGAACAACCGCAACCCUCCUCAUCACAGUUCACAUCAAUCCGACUCUGUAUUCAGAGACAGCAAAACCAUGAUAAUAAAGAAUGUGAAGCCUACCACCACAGUAGAGACUAUCCUGAAAGCCUUGGAUCCCUUUGCAUAUCUGGAUGAGAGGAACGUUCGCCUAGUGAAGGCCAAGCCGCCUGGAGCAAAGUGCUUCUGCUUUGUUGACAUGGAUUCCCAUGAGCAAGUGACACGUCUGGUUGAGCUCCUCACUAAACCCAGGCCCCUUUACAUUGAUGGAGUCAGAGUUUAUGCUGAGGUUGCCAAACCUCUGAAAAACCAAAAUUUCAGAAGAGAUUUUGAUAAACCAAACACUUCUAUCCUUGGUUUUCCACCUGACACCAGCAUAGUGGGGCAGUCCCCGCAGUACUUGCCACCUGUGCAGCCACCUGCUGGUGCUCCUCCAGGGAUUCAAGGUGAUUUAAUGGCUGGCAGCACUAAUCCUGCUCUGUCAUCAGACCCCAGCAUUAACCAGGGAGCUGGCUAUGUUGAAACUCCACCUGUGGAUCCGUCGUACCAGGGUGUUACACCUCACAUGCCCCCAGAAUUAGCUGGGAUGACUGCCACCACAGAGGGAUCACAGGCCUACGUUUAUGGCUCUGAUAAUCCAGACACGACCAACUACCUGUACGAUGCCACGUCAGGCUUCUAUUACGAUCCAGAGACGACGCUGUACUACGAUCCUAACUCUAGGUAUUUCUACAACGCUCAAACCCAGGAGUACAUGUACUGGGAUGCUGUGUCGAAGACCUACAUCCCAGUUCCAGGAGGUAGCCCUGCAGAAACCCAACCCAUGGCCAUGACUGCUGAAGACCAGGCCAUUCUUUCCAACCCAGCAGCAGAUGCUCCUCUAGAAAUGAAGAAGCCGGUGCCACCCCAGGCUUCUACAGCUCCUUCAGCAGUCCCUGUUCCGGCUGUUGGCCCCCCUUCGGAGCUUGCCACAACAUCUAUAGCGGCUCCUGACAAAAGGGAAGAUGACGACUCCGCUAAAAAGGACAAAGAGAAGGACGAGAAGCCGAGAAGUCUUGCUGCCGUUAAGAUCAUGAAAGAUAUGGAGCGGUGGGCAAAGAUCCAGAAUCGUCAAAAGGAAAGCGUCCGUGCUCCAUCUCCAGUGCUGAAGACUGGAAUGGAUGACGAUAAGAGGCAGUCGAAGUCAGCUGAUGCUGGUUUUGCCAUUUUUGAGAGGAAGAUCUCUGGUGGAGAUGAUCUUUUUAAGAAGCCUCUUGCUCCCCCUAAGAAAGAUGAAAAAUCAAAGCGUCCGAUGGGCUCCCUGGGUCUGCUGGCAUCAGACUAUGCAGCUGGAAGCGAUGAAGAGGUGGAAGAAGAUAAGGAUGAGGCAGCUAAAAGCAUUCAGGGCAACCAGCCAGAAGACAAGGACGACAAACUGACGGACUGGAAGAAGAUGGCUUGUCUUCUGUGUAGGAGACAGUUCCCCAACAAGGAUGCUCUAAUCCGCCACCAGCAGCUGUCUGACCUGCACAAACAAAAUAUGGAGAUCCACCUCAAGAUCAAGAGGUCAAAGAAGGAAUUAGAGGCGUUGGAGAACCAGGAAAAAGAACUGAAUGCCAGAGAGGCUUCUAGAUCACCAGAACAGAAAAGAAGAAAACACCACCAACAGCCGCAGCAUCAUAAUGCCUGGGCAGGAAGCUCCAGGGACGUGAACAAAGGCAGUGACAGGCCUGGUUUAGGGGCUGAAUCUGUGCCGCAGAGAAAGAAGAAAGAGCCAGUCGUUUGGGACAAUACCACCUACAAACAAGCAGUGCGCAAGGCCAUGUUUGCACGGUUCAAGGAACUUGAGUGAUCUCAUCUGAACACACCUCACUUUGAUAUGUGAAAUCUUAAUGACAUGCUUGCUCACCUUGGCAUGAGAAAAUCCUUUUGACUGCCAUGGACAUUAUUACUGUGUAGAGCAACAGUUUUCUACACUGUGACAAAGGGACAAAUUAUGUGGCCUGAACACCACAUGACAAGGCUACAGUGGAACUAAAGUGUCGAAAACGAGAAUUAUUUGACGUCCUCAACGAUGGAUUUUAAAUGGAAAGAGUUAUAUCAUCCUGUUGAUUUGAGUAUUUUUGCCCAUGUUUUUUGUGUGGCCUGUAUGUACAAUUUGUGAAACGUGACCAGACUGUCUUUUUUUUUCCUUAAAUGAUUCUGUCAUGCUGGCCACAGAUACAUUUUAUUUUAAAACUGAUUGAUUUAUACAUUUUCAUGUGUUGAACUUGCAAUAUUUUGUGCACAUUUUAAGUAAAAAAAAAAAAAACCCA